UCUUAAUAUUUAAUAAUGCCUAGUUCAAGAAAAAUGAUUCUCGGGCAUGUUAUGUCUGGUUUAUGUUCGAAAAUGAAUCGAACGAAACAACUUCCCCAAGAUAUAAUGGAUACUCCAUUAAAAAGAUGCCUUAACACGUUCGAUAUUACUUUAUUAGGUGUUGGCCAUAUGGUUGGUGCGGGGAUUUAUGUGCUCGCGGGGACAGUCACGAGAGAUAUCGCCGGUCCAGGAAUUAUUUUAUCCUUUUUAUUGGCCGGAUUAGCUUCUUUAUUAUCAGCACUUUGUUAUGCUGAAUUUGGUACUCGAGUUCCUAAAGCUGGAUCUGCUUAUGUUUAUACUUAUAUAAGUAUUGGAGAGUUUUGGGCGUUUGUAAUCGGAUGGAAUAUUUUAUUAGAGCAUAUGAUUGGUGCUGCAUCUGUUGCGAGGGCAUGGAGUGGUUACGUCGAUUCACUUUUUAACGGGGCAAUCAGUAACGCAACAAUAUCUUUAACUGGAGAACUUCACGAACAAUUACUCGGAAAAUACCCGGAUUUUCUUGCGUUCUCUGUUUGUAUCGUUUACGCUUUACUCUUAGGAAUAGGAGUAAAAGGUUCUUCGAUAGUCAACAGUUUCUUAACCUUAGUUAAUCUGGCCGUAAUGAUUUUGGUCAUCAUAAUCGGUUUUUAUUACGCCGAUGAAUCCAAUUGGACUUCCAAUAAAGGUGGAUUUCUUCCAUAUGGAUUUAGUGGCGUUAUCGCCGGUGCCGCGACUUGUUUUUACGCUUUUGUUGGGUUUGACAGCAUAGCAACGGCGGGGGAAGAAGCUAGAAAUCCUUCGUUUUCAAUACCGAUGGCUACGGUGGUUUCGAUGGGUGUAGUUACUUUGGGGUAUAUUUUAGUGUGUGCUGCCUUAACUUUAUUGGUACCUUAUUACGAUAUUAAUCCAAACGCCGCUCUCCCAGAGGCUUUUGCCGGCGUUGGAAUGCACUGGGUUAAAUACGUCGUUUCUUUAGGAGCUAUUUGUGGAAUGACGACGACGUUAUUUGGAUCAUUAUUUUCACUCCCACGUUGUAUGUAUGCAAUGGCUGUUGAUGGAUUACUUUUUAGUUUUCUUGGCAAUAUUAACUCGAAAACCCAAGUACCUUUAACGAAUUUAGUCAUUUCGGGGAUUUUAACCUCGCUUAUUGCACUUUUAUUUGACUUGGAGAAACUGGUUGAGUUUAUGUCUAUUGGAACUUUAUUAGCUUACACAAUUGUAAGCGCCUCGGUGAUUAUUUUAAGAUAUAGACCGACGAUUUCGAUUACCAAAGGAAGUUUAACACCGAAUUCUGACAUUUCCGGGUCUCCAUCAGAAGCAACUACACCCGGAUCUGAAAUUAUUUGUUUAACAGGAUCGUUACGUCCGAAAUAUAGCUGGCUUGGCCCGAUCUUAGGACAUUGCGAACCCGGAUCUGCUGUAACAGCAGCUGUUUUAGUUUAUACCAUUUUUUCGGGAGCCCUUUGUGUGUUAUUACAAAUUUCUUCACAUGAUCUCCGAGAUGGGAUUUGGUGGACGAUUUGUUUGGCGGUGUUUUUUAUUUUUAUCAUGGGAGGGUGUAUGUUAGUUAUGGUGGCUCAUUAUCAAAGCAAAGAAGGUCUACGAUUUAAAGUACCCUUUGUACCAUUCCUUCCAGCCUUAAGUAUUCUUUGCAACAUCGAAUUUAUAGUUCACUUAAAUAUUUUAACUUGGUUAAGAUUUUUCGUUUGGAUGAUUAUUGGGAUAUUAAUUUACUUUUUAUAUGGGAUUCAUCAUAGUAAGGAAGGUGAUUUAACCUCAACGUAUUCGAUGUUAAUGACGUCAUCGGAAGCUGUCAAAAGCAAAUGGGGCGCAACUACGAAAACGAAUUUAAAAGGUGUUUUGACGAAACGAAAAUCGUUAGCGGGGGAUAGAAGCGCUAUUUUAAAUGAGGAAGAGGAUGGGGCUUAAAACAAUGGUGAAUUAUUGAUAAAAAGAAUGAACAAUCCAGAGCGAACGCACAAGAGAGUAUUAAAAAAUUUUGAUUUGAUUGUAAAGUGUAAUAAUUAAUGGUGUUAAUUAGCUUGAUGCUGCUUUAUUCAGAUAUUAGAUAUUACUGUUAAA